AUAUUUUUUAGGUUUUUUUUGUUGUUAUUUUGCUUCAUUGUUUAUAAUUGUUUAAGUUUGCAGGACAUAAAUUCGCGCGUUAACUUUACUAAAAAAAAAUUAAUAGUAAAUUUAUAUUUAAUUUUUUAGUAAUUUUUUGUUAUGCUAACAUGGCUGAAGAAUUACAGUGCCCUGUAUCUCCAUCUUCCUCCAAAACUAGCUCGAAAGAUUCUAUAUUCGAGCCAACCGUGGAUAUGAUGGUAAAUGACUUCGAUGAUGAACGUACAUUAGAAGAAGAGGAAGCGAUGGCUGCUCAAGAGCAAGAGGAUCCUUCCACAGAACUUUCAAGUCUACAAAAGGAAAGUGAUAUGCCUAUUGAAGAACUCUUAGCAUUGUAUAAAAUUCCUGUUGAAAGUAUCAGAAAUCCACGAAGCGGAAAAACAAGUUCAAUAAAAAGAGGUACAAAAAGAAGGAAGGCAAGUUCUUCAAAUAAUGAUAAAGCGGAUAUUGAAGAGGAUCAAAGUUCAAGUAAAAGGGAACGAAAGCCAUCUAUUGGAAGGGAAAGGACCUCAGAUAAAGCAGAAAGAGAUGAGAAAUUAUUAGAUAACAAAGAAUCAAAAAGUAAAUUAAAUUCAAAACCAUCUACUUCUUCUGCUGCAAUAGAGAAUGAUUUGGAUGAACCUGAUUUAGAAGAGGAUGAUGAUAAUAUAUUGGAUGGGGAGGAGGAUGAAAGUGAAUAUGAAGAUGAUGAUGAUGAUUCAAAAGAAGAAUCACAUUUAAAAAAGUUGUAUCCAGAAACAUAUAAAACAGGAGAUAAAAGAUUAUUAAGAACUUUGUCUAGACAACAAUCUGAUGAAGAAGAAGAUGGAGAUUACAGUCCAGAUGAGGACGAAAUGAGAAAGAGUAUUAUGGUUGGAAGUGAGUACCAGGCAGUAAUUCCAGAAGGUUUUUCAAUAUAUGAUGAUGUUCUCCCUUAUGAAAAUGAAGAUAAAUUGUUAUGGGACCCGAGUCGUUUAACUGAAGAACAAAUAGUAGAAUUUUUAACAAAAGCUCAAGAACAGUCUAAGACUACAUCAAAUUCUAUUAGCAGUACAUCAGAAAAUAGUGUUAUUCCACCAAUUGCUGGAACUAAUCUAAGAGAUGAUGAACAGGCCUUGUUCUUAUUAUUACAAUGUGGUUAUAAUGUUGAAGAAGCAUUAAGAAGAAAAAGAAUUAAUCCAUUACCCCCAACUGAUCAAAUGAGUAUUUGGUCGGAAGAAGAAUGUCGAAAUUUUGAAAGUGUUAUACGUUUAUAUGGCAAAGAUUUUCAUACUAUAAAACAUGCAAAAGUUCAUACAAGAUCUGUAGGUGAAUUAGUACAAUUUUAUUAUCUUUGGAAGAAAACUGAGCGUCAUGAUGUAUUCGCAAAUAAAACAAGAUUAGAUAAAAAGAAAUAUAGCGUACAUCCUGGUUUAACAGACUAUAUGGAUAAAUUUCUAGAAGAAUUAGAUACGGCAAAUAAUCAAAAUUGUAAUAGUAAUAGCAGUUCAUCAGUUCCAACUGAUCGUUGUUCUUCACCAUCUUCUACAUCAUGUAUUGGUGGUAGUGGAUUAAAUAGCGGAGCUGGAACAAGCUCAUUUAUAAAAGCAAAUAAUACUGAAUCCAAUACUAAUACAACAGAAAUUGAAAUAAUACCUCAGCAAAAUGAUAAAUAAUCAAUAUUUGUUAAACAAUUGUUUUUUUUUUUUUUUUUAAUUUAAAAUAUUCUAUGUGGAAAUUUGUGUUUUAUAUUCUAGUAAUAAUAUAUGAUAAGACAAAAAAGAAAAAAUUUUGAAAAGCAGAUGAACAUUUUGUACUUGUUCCCUUAUUAAGGAAAAUUAUGUA